AUGAAAGACAGCUGGUGGUCGCGAAAGGCAGAGUAUUUGCAAUGGCUCUCUGAUACCAAGCAGCUCGGUACUUUUUAUGCGGAAGUAAGGAAACUGGUGGGGCCUAUGCAUAGAAGUAGUGUGCCGUUAAAGUCACGCAGUGGUGAGCAGCGUUUAACAGCGAAAGAAGACGUGUUAAAGCGAUGGGCUGAGCACUUCAAGGAACUUUUAAACAAGGGCCGAGUAGCCGACAUCGGAUUUAUCAGCAACAUCUUGCCUCCUCCGCAAGUUUCCGAGUCAGAAGAGCCACCAACAAUGCAAGAAAUUGUCAAUGCCAUUCAAGUGCAGCCAAAUAAUAGAGCGGUUGGAGUGGAUAGUAUUCCUGAAAAGGCGACGACCACUACUCAAGGAAAUAAAGAUAAAGCUGAAGUUGCUUCAACUCUAUGUGGAGGUUUUCAAGAUUUUAAUUCCAAAAAAGCUAUUGUGGAAGAUUUAAAAAUAAAAAAUUUAGAAGAGGAAAUAAACUUUAAGCGAGAAUUGUGCCAGCUGCAGUUAGAAACAGUUAGGAAGGAAUUGGAAAUUAAAAUUGAAGUUUGCAACCAACUAAAAGGUCACAACUUUAACAUCCAAAAUGUUUAUGGAAUACCUAAAAAUGGUUCUGCAAAUACCUAA